AUGACUUGGGCAGGUGUCAAUAAAAAACAUUAUAUGAGUGAGCUUGAUGUGAAUAAUAGAGUUCCAAAUCCGACGUAUAUGGAACAUUAUGAAUUUGAACUUGAGGUGUUGGCUGUGAAUGAAACCCAAGGAUUAAAAGAAAUUGUGAAAACAAUAAUCGUUUGGGCGGGAUUUACAUAUGGGUUUGAACAAGAUUUGUUACAAUUCGCGUUCGACUCAGCUUGUACAACUACCGAUUUAUUUCCAAUACCAAAUAGCCAAAAUCACUUACCUGUAAUACACGUUGAAGACUUGGCCAGGGUGAUACAUAAAGUAAUAUCCGAUGAUCAAGCUUUAGAGUAUCAUUAUAUUUUUGCUGUUGAAAGUCCAAUAAAUACAUUAAAACAAAUUAUCACUGCUCUCGCUAAGUCGUGCGAUGUAGCUCCAAUGGUUGUGUCAUUAAAUACAUUCAUGAAUAAAUAUGAACUCAAGGUGAGCUAA